AUGUCACAAGGAAAAACGUGCCAUUUUAAGCUGGUGCUGCUAGGCGACACGGCCGUAGGAAAGUCUUGUCUGGUCGUGCGGUUCGUGCGCGACGAGUUCUUCGAGUUCCAAGAGCCUACGAUUGGAGCUGCUUUCCUUACACAGACGGUCGGUCUUGAAGACGGAUUGACGGUCAAGUUUGAGAUCUGGGAUACCGCAGGACAAGGCAAAUAUUAA